AUGGACCGACACCGUGACACCGACCCAAACCCUGAAACCAAGCUGACAACUGAAGCUUUACCUUUAGAUGUGCGAAAAGUGAUCAUUGGUGAAGAAGAGCAGCAGGAGUGGAACUCCAGUCUGAACCAGGAGGAACCAGAUCCUCCACACAUUAAAGAGGAACAGGAGGAAGUCUGGACCAGUCAGGAGGGAGAGCAGCUUCAGGGACUGGAGGAGGCUGAUAUCACCAAAUUCAUAUUGACUCCUGUUCCUGUGAAGAGUGAAGAUGAUGAAGAGAAACCUCAGUCCUCACAUCUUCAUCAAACACUAACUGAGGAGAUAAAAACAGAAGCUGAUGGAGAGGACUGUGGAGGAUCAGAACCAGACAGGAACUCACAUCCAGAUACACAUUUACAACCUGUUACUGAUGACAAGACUUCAGACUCUUCUGAGACUGAUGACAGUGAUGAUGAUGAUUGGACACAGACCAGGAAACCUCAACGUUCAAAUACUCUUAAAAAUAAUGAAGACCCUUUAGGUGAUGUGAGCUGUAACCCUGUUCAGAGAUCAUUUAGCUGCUCUGAAUGUGGUCAGAGAUUUGGCCGGAGGCCACAUCUGAAUGCACACAUGAGAAUUCACACAGGAGAGAAACCAUUUAGCUGCUCCUAUUGUGGCAAAAGAUUUUCUCAAAAGGGAAACUCAAUCAGUCACAUGAGACUUCACACAGGAGAAAAACCAUUCAGUUGCUCAGUUUGUAAUAAAACAUUCAGGUAUAGUGGAGACGUUAGCAGACACAUGAGAAUCCACACAGGAAAGAAAUCAUUUAGCUGCUCUGAAUGUGGAAGAACAUUUUGCCGCAGGGAUCAUCUGAUGAGCCACAUGAGAACCCAUACGGGGGAGAAACCCUUUAGUUGCUCAGUUUGUCAGAAGCGUUUCAGCUGCAGUGGAAACAUUUUGGCACACAUGAGAAUUCACACCGGAGAGAAACCAUUUGAAUGCUCAUUCUGUGGCAAAAGCUUCAGUCAGAAAGGAACUCUGCAGCUACAUGUGAGAAUUCAUACGGGAGAGAAACCGUUCAGUUGCCCUUUUUGUGAUAAAAGAUUUGCACAUAAAAGACGUAUGACCCUGCACAUGUCUGUCCACACAGAGGAGAAGAGAUUCAGCUGCAGUGUUUGUGACAGAAGGUUCACGUGGUACACGCAGCUCAAAACACACAAGUGUGUUGGUGAGUCCUCACAAAUCCGUCAAAGCCAGACUGAGAAAAAGGUUACUGCCAAGGAAUCAUUUAGCUGCACUGAGUGCAGUAAAACAUUUAGCCUCAAGGGCAACCUGAAGACACACAUGAGGAUUCACACAGGAGAGAAACCGUUCAGUUGCUCAGUUUGUGGUAAGAGUUUUAAACAAAACGUUCAUCUCACCGAACACAUGACCAUCCACACCGGGGAGAAACUGUACAAAUGCAGUCUUUGUGGCAAAGGAUUCAACAAGAAGUUACUUGUCAAAAAUCACACAUGCUCUUAA